AUGCCCAGUCUCGCGGCCUGCGGACUGCUCAUGGCCAUCCACCGGCUCACCACGCCGCAAGCGCACGCCAGCAUCCGGCAGCACACCCACACCCAGCACACCCACACCCAGCACACCCACGCGCAGCAGCGCAUCCACAUGCAGCAGCGCACCCUCAUUCGCCACCCGCACAGCAGAGCCCCAAUCAUAGCCGGCGCAGCAGCAGGAGCAGCAGCCGGUCUCGGAGGCGCGGUGAUCUACAACGAAUGGACCCAAAACAACGAAACGAUCGAGCUACGGGAGAACUACCCCGACGAUCGGAGUUCCGGGCGAUAUGUCCGAGACGAUGGGGAUUACUGGUCUGGCGAUGAUGACAACCGCGACAAUGAUGACAACCGCGGAUAUGUGGACAAUAAUGAUAUGACGUACCCCGGAGACGAUGUUGCGACGACCACCCAGUAUGCCGGGUACCAAGCGCCAGAGGCGCCAAGGAUGGAGAAGAGCGAUGAUAACGAUGAUUGUUGUGGGGGAUGCGUUUAUUAUGUUACUAUUGUCAAAUUCUUUAUCUAUGAAUGGAGGGGGAAGGAUAUGGCGUAG